AUAUGAAGUCUCUCUCCUCUCCUCUCCUCUCCUCUCUCUUGUCCAAUUCAUGGACAACGAUGAAUCGAAAAAAAAUAAUUAUAUAUAUACAAAAAUAUCAAUAUUAAUGGUAAAUGCAUUGAAGAACAGAAAUAGUUCGAUCAGAGAGACCCCCUUGUGCUCUCUGCCCAGACAUUCCUCCAGCUGAGUCAUUCACAGUCUAAGAAAAGGUAGAGAAUCUCAGAAUCCAAGCUGCUCCGGUUGAUAAUGGUGUACUGGUGUUUGUGAAGGGAAAGAUUGUGACAAAGAAUUACUUGGAAAAUACGGUUUCAAACCUUUAGGGUUUAAAAAGUUAGAAAACUUGGGAAUCUGUUUUUGCCCUUUUGAUGUUUGUCAAAAUUAAACUAUUCAUUUUAAUGAUAUUGAGUUAGUAACAUCUUCUUUAAAUGAUCACUCACAUUGAUUGAUGUAACAAACAGCUAAAAAAAAACCCCAAAAUUUUUCCCUUUCUUCAAUUUUGGUUAAUCCGACGGUUGAACCUAAACCAUAAACAGCUAGAACCCCAUAACUUUGCCCUUUGUUCAAUUCCGGUUAAUCUGACGGUUGAACCAGUGACCCUUUACCCAGUCUCUUUUCCGGUUUGGCUAAUGGUUCAGGUUUCAAAACAUUGUUCUAGUGUAAUAAUUUGUUGCAGGCUGCAGCUUUCUUAAAUCUUCUGGAAGUAAAAGAGGUUCUAAAUUUAUUCAAUCUUCAAUGUCAGAAAAGGGCCUAAUAAUGCCCUCGAGGCUACUUUUCUGCUUAAUAAUGUUUUCAAUGGUUCUUUUGAUCUUCUCUUCAUUGUUUCUUCUUCAAUUCAGAGACGAUUCUUUCAUAUCUGGAUCGGUUUUUAAGAUAAUUGUUGUUAACAACACAUCAGUUUACUUAAAACCUAGCGUCAGGGGUGAAAAAAUUAAACCCCCUUUCUUCUCUUCUGCGGCUGCAACAAUUUAUGAUGACCAACCCAUGAGAACCCAAGAGCAGUCUUAUCAGAGUUCCAAUCGCAGCAUAAAAUUGGGUGCCUUGGGAGAAGAAGAAGAAAAGACUUGUGACCCGAAUCACGCUCUCCUUCGGGUGUAUAUGUAUGACUUGCCUCCUCAAUUUCACUUUGGGUUAUUGGGUUGGAAAGGAAGUGCAGAUCAAACAUGGCCAGAUUUGAGUAACCCUAGUCAAAUCCCUCAUUACCCGGGUGGUUUAAAUUUACAGCACAGCAUCGAGUACUGGCUCACCCUUGAUCUUCUGUCAUCAAACACUCCAAAUAGGGUCAGACCAUGUAGUGCUAUCAGAGUGCAUAAUUUGAGCCAAGCAGAUAUAAUUUUUGUGCCAUUCUUCGCAUCUCUGAGUUAUAAUAGGUAUUCUAAGCUUGUUGGAAAGGAGAAAGUUAGUGUCAACAGAAUGUUGGAGAACAAAUUGGUGGAGUUUUUGAAACGUCGGGAUGAAUGGAAGCGAUUGGGAGGGAAGGAUCAUCUAAUAGUAGCACACCAUCCAAAUAGUAUGUUGAUUGCGAGAAGGAAGUUGGGUUCUGCCAUGUUCAUUCUUGCAGAUUUUGGGAGAUACCCAGCAGAAAUAGCAAACCUUAAAAAGGACGUGAUCGCUCCUUACAAGCAUCUCGUGAAGACCGUUGCUGCUAACAAGUCGGCCCCAUUUGAAGGGCGUCCUAUAUUGGCACAUUUCCAAGGAGCAGUUUAUAGGAAAGACGGGGGAAUAAUUCGUCAAGAACUAUAUUACCUUCUCAAAGAUGAGAAAGAUGUCCACUUCACAUUUGGAAGCGUUCAAGCAAAUGGAAUCAGUCGAGCAGGACAGGGGAUGUCAUCAUCCAAAUUCUGCCUGAAUAUUGCUGGCGACACUCCUUCCUCAAAUCGCCUCUUUGAUGCCAUCGCUAGCCAUUGUGUUCCUGUAAUAAUUAGCGAUGAGAUCGAGCUACCAUAUGAAGAUGUCUUAGACUACUCUGAGUUCUGCGUAUUUGUACGCGCUUCAGAUGCCGUAAAGAAUGGUUUUCUAGUGAAUCUUCUAAGGGGAAUCGAUCGAGACAAGUGGAGCGAAAUGUGGGAAAGAUUAAAGCAGAUUGCACAACACUUUGAAUAUCAGUAUCCAUCUCAGCCUGGUGAUGCUGUGGAUAUGAUUUGGCAGGCAGUUUCACGUAAGUUGUCAUCAACUCAAUUUAAUGUUCAUAGGAACAACAGGUAUCAUAGAUCUCAGCUUCUUGUUAAGACAAAUUGAAUAUAUUAUAUACAUAUUUGGAAUUUCUUGUAUUUUAUUUUUAUGAAGAUCAUUGGAAAUCUGGUUGUUUUGUGGGUUCUUCAAAAGAAAUAAGCUUAGUUUUGAUAAAAAUAUGUUUGUUUUUUGUUUGUGUCAAA